AUGGAAACUACUGCGGGGCCAUCGCCAAGUACAAUUGCCCAGGCUAGGAUGCCAGCUGUCCAAGCAGAGCUGCAGAUGGUAAUCAACUUCAGCGGUGCCAAAGGCCAGACUGUCGCCAAUAGUCCUUUAUCGGCCACAAGGGUAUCAGAACGCGACUGGAUUGCCAUUUCGCGAAAUUCAAAAGGCUGA